GAGAGUAUAAAAGAUCCAAAAUUGGCAUAGUUUCUAACUAGACACAGUUAGAGUGAUCACAAGAUAACAUCGUGAAGCAACGUUUUAUUCCACCGCAGUGUUAAGACCCAUCGAAAAUGAAGAUCCUGUUCGUCCUUGCUGCCGUGUUGGCGGUGUCGUUGGCUGCACCGACGGAAGUUGCCGUUUCUCCCGGUAAAAUCGCAACUCCAGAAAAGAGCGUUCCUUCGGAACCCGAAAAAGAUCGGGAACAAUAUUUCCACAAGGUCGCUAGCCCGGUGCCGGAACCGAUCGUCGAAGACAAAGUUGAGCCCGUUUCAGCGUCGGACAAGGUAGCAGAGAACAACGACGCGGAGAAGGUAAAGGAAAAGGUCUCCGCGGAUAAGUUGGGAGAAAAAUCGGAAGAGAAAAUCGAAGACAAGGUCAAAGUUGAUCAAGCCGUUGCGGCGUCGGAGGAACCGCUGCCAACUCGUCCCGAAGAAGAAAAACCGGUAGUCGUCGUUGUUGCUACCCCCGUGGCAAACGAGGAAACGGAAAAGGAAAAAGCGAAGGAACAAGGAGGGAUUCAAGUUCAGGAAACUAAGACAAAGGAAGAGGAGAUCAAAGAGGAAAAAGAAGCGGCGGAAAAAGAAGAAGACAACAACGAUGUGAGCGCUAUUUGUCGCGCGAGUACGGGCGUCACACUGGAACAGGUAUUAGCGGUCGCCGGUGCACCGCCAGUCGACCCGCCGAGGUCCAUGAAAUGCUACCUGAAAUGUAUGGAAGAACAUCUUGGAACGUUAGAGGCAGAAAUUUCGAUAAAGGACUCCGCUACCGACAGCGAAAAACCAUCUGAAGCUCCCAAAGAAGAAGCGGAAACAGUCGACGAUCCUUGCCUCAGACCCCAAACCGACGAUCCCUGCGACUCGGCGUACCUCAGGUUCUACUGCAACUUCAAAUCGUCCGAUAAGAUCUCCGUUCUUUGAAUCCAUAAGUAAAUUGAGAUAUCAUAGUAACCUAAUUUACAUAGGAUAUUAUCUUAUUUAUAAUUACCGAAUUUAUGCCAUAAGUAUUGUAUAAAAUAAUAAAUUAUUGUUGAAGAAAAAA